AUGGAUAACGACAAUCAAGAAAUUCACGAAUCCAUCCUAGAUGAUACGACUGGUGUUCCUGAUUUAAUCUUAUUAGAUGAAGUCAGCGACAAUGCUAUUUUAUUCAAUUUGCAACAGCGAUAUUACGAUAAUCAAAUUUAUACAUAUAUUGGAAAUGUAGUCAUCUCCGUUAACCCAUAUCAGAAAUUGCCAAUUUAUACAUCCGAAACAAUUCUCAACUAUCGCGGCAAAAGUCUAUACGAACUUCAGCCUCACAUUUAUGCUAUAGCUGACAAUGCUUAUCGAGCACUGCGAGAUCGAGACGAAGACCAAUGUGUGAUUAUUAGUGGAGAAAGUGGUUCAGGCAAAACAGAAGCAUCCAAGGUAGUCAUGCAGUACAUUGCUGCAGUGUCAGGAAAAAGUAAAGAUGUUGAAUUAGUAAAAGAGCAACUACUUCAAACCAAUCCUCUACUAGAAGCGUUUGGAAAUGCUAAAACUCAUCGAAACAACAACUCAUCUCGCUUUGGAAAGUACAUGGAUAUCGAAUUCGACUUUAAAGGAGAUCCUGUCGGAGGUGUUAUUACAAAUUAUCUUUUAGAGAAGUCUCGUGUUGUAUCUCAAGCUGAUGGCGAGAGAAAUUUUCAUAUUUUCUAUCAAUUACUGGUCGGAGCAUCAGAACAAAUUUUAGAUGAUUUAUAUCUAACGGACGAUAUACGAGAUUACAACUACAUAAAUCCUUAUUCAGUAGCAACAGAAAUUGACGAAAAUGAUUUUACGGAGACUCUACAAGCUAUGGAAAUAGUUGGCUUUCAAUCAAUUGAGGUCAAAUAUGUACUGCAACUUCUUGCAGCAAUACUUCAUAUUGGAAAUCUUCAGUUGAGUGAAAAGGAAGAUGAGAGUGGAAAUGAAUUCAGUGAAAUUAAUUUAAAUCGAGAUCUACAAAUUGUCUCAAAGUUAACAAACUGUAAAAUUAGCCAAUUCCAAUAUGCUAUCACUCAAAAGCUUGUAGAAACAAAAUAUGAACAAGUAACAACGUCAUUAACAAUUGCACAAGCACGGUAUGCUCGAGAUGCGCUUGCUAAAGCCAUUUACAGUCGUUUAUUCUCAUGGAUUGUAGAUAAAGUUAAUGAAUCACUGACGGUAAAAGAAACAGCAACGAGGAAAGUAAUGGGAGUUCUUGAUAUUUAUGGAUUCGAAAUAUUUCAAAAUAAUUCAUUUGAACAAUUUAUCAUCAAUUAUUGCAACGAGAAACUACAACAAAUUUUUAUUGAAAUGACAUUAAAAUUAGAACAAGAAGAAUACGUAAAUGAGGGCAUGCCAUGGACCCAUAUCGAUUAUUUUAACAAUAAAAUCAUUUGUGAUUUAAUAGAAAAGAAUAAUGGAAUUUUAUCAAUGUUGGACGAAGAAUGUAUUAGACCUGGGAAGGUUAGCGAUAAGACGUUUCUUGACAAGUUAAAUAACCGAUGUAGUAAACAUCCUCAUUAUCAAAGUAAAUCGAUGAAAGAGUUUUCUCGUGAUUCGACUCUCGAUCGAGAAUCAUUCCGCUUAGUCCAUUAUGCAGGAAAUGUAACUUACAAUGUUAACGGUUUCAUCGAUAAAAACAAUGAUAAUCUACAUCGCAAUAUUUCUCAAGCGAUGUAUACGAGUGGAAAUCCGUUACUGCAAUUUCUCUUUAUUGAGGGUAAUCCAAAAUUAGCCUCUCGUAAAAGACCACCAACAUCGGGUUCUCAAUUUAAGAAAUCGGUUGCACAAUUAAUGGUCAAUCUUCUGGCUAAAACUCCUAACUAUAUUCGAUGUAUAAAGCCUAAUGAUAAGCAAAUUCCGGAAGAUUUCGAUAUUUCUAUUGUUCGCCAUCAGAUCCAAUAUCUCGGCUUACUAGAGAAUGUACGAGUUCGUCGUGCUGGAUAUGCUUUCCGACAAACCUAUGCCAAAAUUUUAUACCGAUAUAAGAUGUUGUCGAUGGCUACUUGGCCAAGAUGGGAAGGUGAUACUAAAGCUGGAGUGCAAGAGAUGAUUGAAUCAUUACCUAUUGAACCAAAUGAAUACGCUUAUGGUAAGACGAAAUUAUUCAUUCGAAAUCCACGAACAUUGUUUAAUAUGGAAGAAUGGAGACGAAUGCGAUUGUAUGAUUUAGCGACAGAAAUUCAAGCAAAAUUUAGAGGUUUCUAUCUGAGAAAAUGGUAUUUAAGAUUACGUCGUAGUCAAAUUUCCAUUUCAGCGAAUUGGCGAUGCUAUCGUGAACGAGCAAGUUUCCUAAGUGUUCGUUUCGCCUCCAUUGCGGUUCAGCGAUUCUGUCGCGGGUGGAAGGCUAGAAAGCUAUACCGCAAAUUGAAAUAUGAGAAGCAAUGUACUAUAGCACAAGGAGUCAUUAGGAGAUUUUAUUUUGGCUGGAAAGCUAGAAAGCUUGCUCGUAAACUACGAGAAGAAAAACGUCGUAAUUUGGCAGCUAAUGUGAUUCGAACUUUUUUCUUUGGUUGGCAGAUUCGAAAGAAAUAUCGUAAAAAAUUUCCUUCUAUUGCUGGGCCCAAAGUAUACCGAUUUUUGCGCCAAAGCUUGAAUUAUCGAUUUUUGAAAGCUGUUAUUGAUGAGUUACCAUCGGAAUCGCCUAUAGAGAAAAAUUGGCCGUCUUGCGGUCCUAUGUUUGAAGAAAUUUCUGACCAAUUAAGGGAAAUGCAUCAUGUUUGGCGAUGUGCUCGAUUUCGCCGUCGUUUAUCUCCAGAACAGCGCGAAAUCUACUCGGAAAAACUAUUAGCUAGCCAACUCUUCAAUAAUAAAAAGGAAUACUAUUCCCAAACUGUUGGGGUACCAUUCCGUGGUGAUUAUUGCGGCUUAGGCAAGCAUCCACUGUGGAAGACGAUUACGAAAGGAUAUGAUAAAGAUAAAGAAGUUCAUUGGGCUGAUACUGUUAUUAAAUUACAUCGUGCUAAUGGAAAGGGUGUACCGAGAAUUUUAGCUGUUACUGGUGCUGCUAUAAUAAUAUUAGAUUCUAAAACACUGAGCUUAAAAUAUCGUAUUCCACUUCACGAAUUAGCUACAUUAUUAUUUAGUCCUCAUAACGAUACAGUUUGCGUUAUUCAAUGUAGAAUGGAUAAAACAUUGCCUCAUCUGAAGAAAGGGGAUUUCUUAAUUCAAACUCAUCAUGUUAUCGAAUUAGCAACAAAGAUAGUACUUGUAUUGAAAGAUCUCAGCAUAUCCAAUGACGAACCUGUCGUUAAAAUUGCAAAGAAGUAA